UAUGGAUAUGGCAUCAUCCCACAAACCAAAGUUUUUUUGUUCUUAGAGAUCUUAUAGUACAAUUUUCCUUACCAUUACUUCUCUGAAUUCAUAGAAGUCAUGGGUUUUCGUUUGCCUGGGAUGUUGACGGCUAAGCAGGGUGCAGAGGCCAAAAAUGUGCCAAAAGGCUAUUUGGCUGUUUAUGUGGGAGAAGCAAAGAAGAAGAGGUUUGUGGUUCCAAUCUCAUACUUGAGGAAUGCUUCAUUCCAGAAGUUGUUGAGUCAGGCUGAAGAAGAGUUUGGAUUUGAUCAUCCAAUGGGUGGUCUCACAAUCCCAUGUACAGAGGAGGCCUUCAUUGAUGUUACUAGUAGUUUGAACAGCUUAUGAGGGGAAAAUGUGAAAUCUCUAACACCAUUGACUUGUAAACCAGUCUCCAUUUUUGGAUUAGGAGAACUGGGUUUUUUUCAUCUCCACUCAUUGUACAAUUUCUUCAUGUAUACAUUGUUCCAUGGAGAGUAGAGUGCCAAUUAUCUCCAUCCAAAAAGACCAAAUGGAAUCUCUAGCUUUUCCUUUGAUUUAA